AUGCAUACUAUGUACUACGCCAGACUGCCCGCUAUGAUAUGCCGCCUUUACUACAGAGCCAUCAGAUCUCGGCCAAGUCCGAGCGAACACGAAAACGCCUCCCCGCCCCAGUCUCGCUCGCCCUCGCCGUCUCCCCACGACACCCUCACCCUCCGCGCCCUUGUCAGCACCAAGGACGCCGGCGUCAUCAUCGGCAAGGCUGGAAAAAACGUCGCUGAUCUCCGCGAGCAGACCGGCGUCAAGGCCGGCGUCAGCAAGGUCAUCUCUGGCGUCCACGAACGUGUUCUCACAGUGACGGGCUCUGUUGAGGCUGUCGCAAAGGCCUACAACCUCAUCAUUGCCCAGCUCGUCUCCUCUGCCCCCUCCUCCCCAGUCACAGCCUCCCCGCCUUCCACGCACACCUCCAUCCGACUUCUCAUUUCGCACAAUCUCAUGGGCACCAUCAUCGGUCGCAAUGGUCUCAAAAUAAAGGCCAUCCAGGAUGGCUCUGGUGCGCGCAUGGUCGCCUCGAAAGAGAUGCUCCCGCAGUCCACCGAACGCAUCGUUGAGGUGCAAGGCUCCCCCGAGGCAAUCGGACGUGCCGUCGAGGAAAUUGGCAAAUGCCUUCUGGAGGACUGGGAGCGAGGACUGGGCACCGUGUUGUUCCACCCGGGGCCGAACGACGAGCGCUCAGCUAACCGCCGCGGUCACAACUAUUCGUCAUCAUAUGGCUCCCGCCGCGGCAAUGGUGACGCUAGUACGCGUGGCCGUUCCUCUCCUCCCGGAUCACCUUCCGCCGCCCACUCCCCCGUCUCAAGCCAGCCGCCCGCUAAUCUCCGAACCCAAAACAUCUCCAUUCCCUCUGACAUGGUCGGCUGCAUCAUCGGGCGCAGCGGUACCAAAAUCACAGAAAUCCGCCGCCUGUCCGGAUCCAAGAUCUCCAUUGCGAAGGCUCCUCAUGAUGAAACCGGCGAACGUAUGUUCACCAUCGUCGGCACUCCCGAGGCCAACGAAAAGGCCCUCUUUUUGUUGUACAAUCAAUUGGAGAGUGAGAAGGAAAGGAGGGUCGGGAGGGAGGCCCAGCAACAAGCCGAAAUGCAGGAGUAG